GUCAACAACAUGGCGGGUAUUUUCAGCUGUUGGUUAAUAGCUGCUCUGUUUUCUGUUUCGAUAUCAUCUACAGUGGAUUUGACUGGAAACUGGACUCUUGUUAACAAUGACAGAGGUGAGAGGAUCCCUGCCAGUGUGCCAGGCAGCAUGUACACAGCCCUGUACACCAACAAGCUGAUUCCAGAUCCGCUGUACCGGGACAACGAUGUCAAACUACGAUGGAUUGGACGAGAAGACUGGACGUACACACGCACUUUUCAGUUGAGUUCAGCAGACCUGGCUGCCUCUGCCCUCCAUCUUGUCUGUGACGGUCUGGACACCUUCUCAACCGUCUUCAUCAACGACCAGAAGGUCGGGACAUCAGAGAACAUGUUUGUCCAAUAUGUCUACGACAUAAAAAAUGCUGCCAAGGUAGGAGACAACGCAAUCCGCAUCGACUUUGAGUCUGCUGUAACAGUUGCUGCUCAAAAGGCCAAUGCUUCUGCCUAUGACAUUCCCGGCGAUUGUCCCAACAAGGUACAGAACGGAGAAUGUCAUGUCAACUUCAUCAGAAAGGAGCAGUGUUCUUUCAGUUGGAACUGGGGGCCUUCCUUCCCAACACAGGGAAUAUGGAAAAAUAUUUCCAUCCAAGCAUUUAACACUGCAGUUAUUCGCGAACUUUCAACAGCAACAAAAAGAGGAUCGGGAGGAGAGUGGAUGCUGGAUGUGGGCGUGUACUUCGAUGUGAGCGGGGGUUCUGUGUCGGGCGUCCUCACCACCAACGUUGUCGGGACAUCGGUGAUGAAGUCAAUGCCACUGACACUCACACCAACAAACGGUUCAUCCAACUUCACAAUCACCAUUCGUAGCAAUGUAAAUAUAAGCAAAUGGUGGCCGAAUGGUUAUGGGAACCAGACGCUCUAUAACGUCAACGUCACCUUCACCAGCAACAACGAGGUGUCCAACAAACAACGUCGGGUGGGAUUCCGUACUGUAGAGCUGGUGCAGGAUCCUGUUGGCAACAACCAAGGUUUUACGUUCUAUUUCAAGAUAAACGAUUUACCAGUUUUCUUCAAGGGAUCAAAUUGGAUCCCCGCGGACAGUUUUCAAGAAAAUAUUACCAGAGAACAUCUGCGCCGUCUGCUCCAAUCAGCAGCAGAAGUUCACAUCAACUCAAUGAGAGUUUGGGGAGGAGGGGUUUAUGAGUCAGAGGAUUUUUAUGAGCUCGCGGACGAAUUUGGCAUCAUGAUCUGGCAGGACCUGAUGUAUAGUGAUGCCCUCUACCCCAGCACUCCAGACUUCCUUGAAACAGUGUCCCAAGAGAUCACACAUCAGAUUCGACGAACGAGACAUCAUCCAUCUAUAGUUCUGUGGGCAGGAAGUAACGAGAAUGAGGAAGGAUUGAGAGCGAACUGGUAUGGCAGCCAGGAUAACUACACGCUCUACUACAAUGACUUCAUCAGGUUGUACGUGACAACCAUCAAGACUAUUGUAGACAGGGAAGACCCGACCCGUGUGUAUCUGUCAUCCAGUCCCAGUAAUGGCAAGGAUACAGAGAAGGAAGGAUGGGUAGCUAAAGACCCUCAGUCCGAAUUGUAUGGCGACAUUCACUUCUAUGAUUUCGUUUCUGACCUGUGGAAUGAAUCAUCAUUUCGAAUCCCUCGUUUCGCCUCUGAGUACGGGAUCCAGGCCUGGUGUGACAUCGAGACCCUGGAAGAUGUGUUUGACUCGGGGGACUUUGACUUCUGGGGACCAAUGUCCAGUCACAGAAAUCAUGAGGACCAUGGUAAUACUCAGAUGAUGCAAGAGGUUCUCCAGCACUUUAAUGAACCUACGACUAAUUCAGAUGCCAAACAAAGAUUUAGUGACCUCAUCUACUUAACACAGAUCAACCAGGCCGUGUCAGUACAGGCUGAGACUGAGCACUACCGCCGCUGGCAGAAUGACCUGACGUCAGAUGGGCGGGGACAGACUAUGGGCGCCCUCUACUGGCAGCUUAAUGACAUCUGGCAGGCACCAACAUGGGCUAGUAUAGACUACAAAGGCAAAUGGAAGAUGCUGCACUACUAUGCUCGGAAGUUCUUCGCUCCAAUGCUCAUCUCCCCCUUCAUGGACGGCAACUUCCUCAACAUCUACAUGGUGGUGGACGAGAUCCCCCUGACCGAGGUCAAGGACACCAAGACCGGUAUGAACGUCUUCACCCCUGCCUCCACCAGCCUCCUCCAGUCCAGCUUCCCCAACCACGAGGCCGUGCAUCUGAUGAAGAAGACAACUGAAGCCACCGUAGGAACGCUCUUCAUCCAGAUCUACCGAUGGGACAGCUUUACCCCUCUCAUGACAUACACCUAUGCAUACAAUGUGACGAGAUCGUCCCAGUCAGUUUGGAGGUAUGAUAUUGACGAUCUGUUGAUGACGUGCGCCUGCCCAGGUAGGUCCAGCUGUUUUUUCUACGUGUACCUGAAUGACCCAGCUGGCGGGAUCAACACAUACCUCCCCCUCACCCACUACAACAACGUCACUGGACUCGCCAAAGCUCAAAUUAUGAUAACUGGUGUCACAAUGAUGUCGGACACUGAGUUUAAAGUCGCCAUUGAGUCUGAUCACAUCGCUCCAUUCGUUUGGUUGGAUGCAGUCGGAAUUUCUGGCAGAUUCUCUGACAAUGGAUUCCUCAUGAUUGAACCGUUUCGUACAGUGACCUUCACCUCGUGGGACCCUGUUGAUCUGGAGACUCUUUCACGAUCCUUGAUUUCUAAAUCAUUGAUGGAUCUUUAUAUAUCAUAGAAAUUGUUGAAAUAAUAUAAUCUAUAAAUAAAAUUAAAUUAAGGCUUUUCAAAUUUGGAACUACAGGUAAAGAUAUAUAUUCUGUCAGACAAAAAAUGAAACCACUUGUCAACUGUUCAUAUACCAAUCAAAACAUAUAUACAUUAGCUUACUUUGCAUUGAUUAUCAUCUACUAGUAUUUAAACUGUCGUUUAUGUGUCAAUAUUUGACUUUCAUAACUUUAAGGUUUUUUUUGACAUGAUAUGCAUCUGUUUGUCAAAUACAGUUUUGCAUGAUACAUUUUGAACAUUCAAAUACAAAGAGUUAGUGAGUGAGUUGAAUUUUACGCCGCUAUUAGAAAUACUACAGUUAGAUCAAGGCGGGGAUACCA